AGUUCCCCCCACACCGCGUUCUGCGACGCGCUCGGGCAGUCUGCCCACCCUUUGUCUUCUGCCAUCAUGACCGCCAUCGUCCAGCGUCCCUUCCGCGGCGCGAGAAUAUCCUCGUUUUACCCCGUCAAGACCCUUCCCUCUCUCGCCUCCCUCGAUAGCGCGUUCCAGCUUCAAGAAUAUAUCUCACUGCUCAUUCGCCUCGACGUUCACGAUGUCGAGCGGAUAGUCAACUUGCCCGAGAAGUCAAAAAAUGGGGACGCAGACGGCGUGAAGAAGGCGGACGCGAACGUGGACCAAUACUGCUGGAUUUACGAACAACUGAGACGACUUGCCCAGGACCUCACGCACCCGCUUUGUACGAUGCUCCAGCUCGAGUGCAACCGCCAGACAUGCCCCGAGAUGAAAGCCGGCGAAUGGCUCUACCUCUGCGUAGCGCAUGGCAACGACGGCGCGAUGGAGCAGUGCUGCGCCAUCGACUACAUCCUCCACACCAUCGACUCCGCAACCGCGCUCCUCAACUCCCCUCGCGCCUUCCCCUCCCGCCUCCAGAUCCCCACCAGCUCACACCGCCACUUCUCCGCCCUGGCGCGCAGACUGGGCCGCAUCUUCGCGCACGCGUACUUCCACCACCGCGAGGCGUUCGAGCAGGCGGAGGCGGAGAGCUCGCUAUAUGCGCGCUUCCUCGCGCUCACGCAAAAGUUCGACCUCGUGCCGGCCGAGUUUCUCGUUAUCCCGCAGCGCGUCGAUCCCGAGACGGAAGUGGAGCCUCCGCGCGUUCUGCCCCCGCGGCACCACGAGCCACCGGCGCUCGACAUGAAUGCGCGCGCGAAAAGCCCGCCCGGUCUCGGUGGCGCGGAGAGCCCGCGGAAGUUUGGCCGGAAUCGCACGGACACGAUGGUCUUCAGUGAAGCCCAGAGUGUUGCGGAGGAACUCAGCAGGCGCGAGCAUGCAGACGUGCCGACCAUCCCACUCGAGAAAGCGCCUGAGAUUCACGACAAACUCUACGACGAAGCCGUGCACGAAGCUGAACACGCCGAACAUGCCAUUGCCAAAGAGGUCACUGCUGCAGACGCAAUGCCUGACACUCGUAUUGCCAUUGCCCCGGAGGAGGACCCCUUCGCUGACGAACACGCCGAACCGUCUCACGCAGAGGAAGAACCUUCUUCGCAUGUCGAAAACACAGGCCCACCGCCCGCUGAAGAUGUACCCUCUCAUGCUGAAGAUACCCCAGCGGAGCACGAGCACAUUCCCGUGCCACCACCCACCGAAGCUGAAACGCCGUCCGACGCUGCUGACACCACGAUUCUUGACGCACCAACUCCCGCCGCUGAGGCCGACCCUAUCAUGCCUGCGGCAGAAGUGUCUCCACCGGCUGGCGCGGACGUCAUAGAGGAGCAGGCGGAACCCGCUGCCUCUGCGCCUGAAGAAACCGAAGUUGCUGCCGAACCCUCCGCCUCUUCUGUCGAGGAACUCGUUGCGGACGCGGAGACGGAGACAUCGCAGGAUGAAGGGCCCGCGGAGGAGCCGGUAUCCCUUGCGCAGGACGAAGAGAAGCCUGUGGAGGUGAGCGCAGAGGAGCCUGCAGAGGAUGAUGGGGAGCCUGCAGCGGAGCAGAUUGCCGCGGCUGACGAGGUGAAGCCCGCAGAGGGCGCGAAGGAGCCGGCAGAGGAGAGCGCCGAGGAGCAGCCCGAGGCCGCUCAGCAGGACUCCGAGGAGACUCUGGCUGAAUGGAUUAACGCGGACGCCCCGUCCUACGCGGCGGCUGUCGUGGAAGGCACGGAGCACGCCGAGGCGAAGGCCGAUGCUGAGCACAAGGGGGGCGAGGAGGCGAGCGAGGAGUCCCACGACGCUGCUGAGCCUGCGCACGAGCUCGCGGCGGAGAUAGCGGAGGAGGGAGAGGAGGCUGCGAAGGACGAGGGUACUACGACUCAGUGAUGUGUAUUGGGGACCAUGAGGUUGAUGCAGUGCGCCCUUCAUUACGAUGCUCAACUACUGUGAUUGCGUUGUGUUUUCAGCUGGAAGCCCUUCAAGCUUCAAGCUUAACUGAACU